UCUUCGAGAUCAGCAAACGAGCCUAAAAUCAACAUGAAGUUCCUGAUUGUCUUCGCCGCCCUAUUCGCCGUUGCCGCCGCCGGUACUUCUCGUCUCCAGUCUCCUCAAGAAGCCGUCAUCCUGAAGCAGGCUUCCGAUAUCGAACCUUCGAGCUUUGCCUAUAACUGGGAGACUAGCGAUGGCCAGGCUGCUCAGGCCGCAGGUCAGCUGAAGAACAUUGGAACCGAGCAAGAGGCCCUAGCCGUCAAGGGAUCCUUCUCCUUCGUGGGCGAUGAUGGCCAGACCUACACCGUUAACUACAUUGCCGAUGAGAAUGGAUUCCAGCCCCAGGCUGCUCAUCUGCCCGUUGCACCGGUGACAUAAGCCAUACUAAGUGUUUUGUUAGUAUUGUUAAACAGUUUAUUUAGAAAAAAGAAUAUAAGU